CAUAUUUCGAUCCCUUCUCUCUCACCAUUCUCAUCUCUAAGUUGGAGCCGAUACUCUUUCGCUUCUCAAUUUCAGGUGCAUUUUCGAUUAUCCGAAUAUAUUUUUGAUUUCACACAAAAUAUUGUAGAAAAGACAGCUAAAAGCGUUAUUUUCAGCCUCUCUUGGAGAGGUCUCAGCCCCCCUAUCUGUGAAAUCAACUCAAAGUUGCAGUUGAUAGUGAAGUGCUGGUUUAGUCAAGAUGACGAUUAAAGUUCCAGGGACGCCGGCCUCUAGGAUAGAAAGGACACCGGCAAACACCCCGGCCUCAAAAAUAGAAAGGACACCGGCAAGCACUCCGGGUGGGCAGAGAUCUAAAGAAGACAAAAUCAUGGUUACGGUACGGUUGAGGCCAUUGAACAAAAAGGAGCAGUCAGCAAAGGACAAUGUAGCAUGGGAAUGUAUUGAUGAACACUCGAUUGUGUAUAAACCGAUGCCCCAUGAACGUUCACCUCAGCCAACCUCAUUUUUUACUUUUGAUAAAGUUUUUGGUCCAAAUUCCUUGACUGAAACAGUAUAUGAGGAAGGGGUAAAGACCGUGGCUUUGUCUGCUUUAAUGGGGAUCAAUGCAACUAUUUUUGCUUAUGGACAAACUAGCAGUGGGAAGACAUACACAAUGAGAGGAAUUACAGAGAAAGCUGUCAAUGACAUCUACACACACAUAAUGAAUACUCCAGAAAGAGAAUUUAGAAUAAGAAUAUCUGGACUAGAAAUCUACAAUGAAAACGUCAGGGACCUAUUGAAUUCAGACUCUGGCCGCAAUCUCAAACUUCUUGAUGAUCCAGAGAAAGGGACUAUGGUUGAAAAAUUGGUUGAAGAAACAGCAAGCAGUGAUCAACAUCUGAGGCAGUUAAUUAGUAUUUGUGAUGCUCAAAGACAAGUGGGUGAAACUGCUCUUAAUGAUACUAGCUCAAGGUCUCACCAGAUAAUACGACUAACAAUAGAAAGUACCCUUCGUGAGAGUUCAGAUUGUGUGAGGUCUUUUGUAGCAAGUUUGAACUUCGUAGAUUUAGCCGGAAGUGAAAGAGCAUCACAGACAAAUGCAGAUGGCAUCAGGCUUCGGGAAGGAUGCCAUAUUAACCUUAGCUUGAUGACUCUAACAACUGUUAUAAGAAAACUUAGUGUGGGCAAAAGAAGUGGCCAUAUACCCUAUCGAGAUUCAAAACUUACACGCAUUUUGCAGCAUUCACUAGGUGGAAAUGCCCGUACUGCUAUCAUUUGCACUUUGAGUCCUGCUUCUAGUCAUGUUGAGCAAUCCCGCAAUACUCUCUUCUUUGCCACUCGCGCAAAAGAAGUUACAAACAAUGCUCAAGUGAACAUGGUCGUUUCCGACAAACAGCUUGUCAAGCAUUUGCAGAAGGAGGUUGCUAGACUUGAAGCAGAGCUGCGCACACCAGAUGUUUCAUAUGAGAAAGAUUUAAAGAUCCAGCAGAUGGAGAUGGAAAUUGAAGAACUGAAGCGUCAAAGAGACCUUGCACAGUCACAGGUGGAUGAAUUACGCCAUAAACUUCAGGAGGAGGAACAGGUUUUAAAGCCAUCCGGGUCGACUGGUGCAAAGAAGUGUCUCUCCUUCUCUGCCAUAUCGUCUCCAAACCUUGAGCAGAAGGAACCUGUUCGUUGUCAAACAAUGAGAAAUGCAGUGGGGAGGCAGUCGCUAGCUGCUCCUUUCACACUGAUGCAUGAGAUUAGAAAGCUUGAACACCUUCAGGAACAGCUUGGAGAUGAAGCGAAUCGAGCACUGGAAGUACUGCAGAAGGAGGUUGCGUUUCAUAGACUAGGCAACCAAGAUGCUGCAGAAACGAUAGCAAAGCUACAAGCUGAGAUCAGGGAUAUGUGUUCUGUCCGGGCAGCUCCCAAACAACAAGUCGAAGCUGGAAACGAAGUUGCUGUCAACAAAAGUGUCGGUGCUAACCUCAAGGAGGAGAUAGCAAGACUUCAUUCUCAGGGUAGCACAAUUGCUAAUAUUGAGGAGAAGUUGGAGAAUGUUCAAAAGUCAUUAGACAAACUAGUAAUGUCGCUUCCAAGUACCAAUGAUCCAUCAAAAAAGAAGAAACUGCUACCAUUAGCAUCAAGCAACAGCGUGAACAGAUAUCCAUGUUCUCCUCCUCUAUCAGCUACUACCCAAGUACUGGAUCCCGAGAUUGAAAAUAGAGACCCAGAAUUUUAUGAUACUGUGUCCACAGAAACUCUGCCAGUCUCUGAAAAGGAAACCCCGACAAAAAGUGAAGGAAGAGAAGGCACUCCUUAUCGACGUUCUAGCUCUGUCAACAUGAGAAAAAUGCAGAAGAUGUUCCAAGAUGCAGCAGAAGAGAAUAUCAGAAGCAUUAGAGCAUAUGUCACAGAGCUUAAAGAACGCGUUGCCAAGCUGCAGUAUCAGAAGCAACUCCUCGUAUGCCAGGUGCUUGAGCUUGAAGCAAACGAAGCAGCUGGAUACACUUUGGAGAAUGAAGAGAACAUUCCUGAGAUACAAGAGUCCCCAGCUUCAUGGCAUAUAACCUUUAGGGAGCAAAUGCAACAGAUUAUUGACUUAUGGGAUGUUUGCUUUGUCUCAAUUAUACAUAGGUCACAGUUUUAUCUGUUAUUUAAGGGAGACUCUGCUGAUCAGAUAUACAUCGAAGUUGAAAUAAGGCGAUUGACAUGGUUACAACAGCACCUGGCAGAGCUUGGAAAUGCAAGCCCCGCUCAGUUAGGAAACGAGCCUACUGUUUCUUUAUCAUCAAGUAUUAAAGCACUGAGGAGGGAGAAGGAAUUUCUUGCAAAAAGGUUGACACGUUUGACACCCGAGGAAAGAGAUGCACUGUACAUUAAAUGGGAAGUUCCAUUGGAAGGGAAAAAUAGGAGGCUGAACUUCAUUAACAAGCUGUGGACAAAGCCACAGGAUCCAAAGCAUGUACAAGAGAGUGCUGAGAUAGUGGCAAAGCUUGUUGGUUUCUGUGAGAGUGGGAAUAUGUCAAGGGAGAUGUUUGAGCUCAAUUUUGUUAUUCCAAAUGAUAAGAGGUCAUGGUUUAUAGGAUGGGACCAAAUUGCAGACCUUCUUCAUCUAUGAGAAGGUACUAUUCUUCAAGUAAAUUGCAUCUUUACAAGUUUAUUCCAUUCAUUUAUUUUGGUGCAGCAUGUACAAAAAAUGUUUGGAGUCUCCCAAUUUUGGAGUCUCUUGGGGGUUGUGUUCCAGCCCCCUAUUCUAUAUGUUGUGAGUAGUUUACACUAGUAUAACUGGAAUUUGAGGCAUAAUGUUAUGCUCAUUGUCAUUCUGCUGAAUAAA